AUGGCGGGUCCGGACUGCGGCGCCCUGCUGGACGAGGAGCUGUCCUCCUUCUUCUCCCACUAUCUGUCCGACGGACAGUAUGGAGUGUCUGGCGAGGAGCAGCUUUACUCCGACUUCCCUGAGAUUGACUUAUCCCAGCUGGACGCCGGCGACUUUGACACCGCCGGCUGCUUCAACGAGCUGCAGUGGGGCCCCGACCACUCGGACAAUGAGUCCAGCCAGUACAGCACCGAGGACUUGGAACUUUUCCAGAUCAUAGGCGGGGAAAACGAAGCCUUCCUGGCGGCUCUGACCAAGACGUUGGACGACAUCCAGGAAGAUAUCAGCCUGGCUGUCUUGGGCGCUCUGGAAGACGGGGACCCCACCUGCCUGGCCUCCGACUCGGACUCCCCUUCGCACGCUCCCGCCUCCCCGAUUCCCGCGGGUACCCUGCUCCCGGCCCCCGAGCUCGAUGACCUGUCUCUACUACAGAAGUUACUCCUCUCUCCGUCCCAAACAGCUCCGAGCUGCGAAGGUCAAAGGGAGGGGAGCUCCCGGCGGCAGGGAAGUCUUAAAUCCAAAUCCCAAAGACUUUGCACGAAGGCGGACAGUAACCCGGACAGGAAGCCCACUUUCCUCCCGCCUCAGAGUCGGAGCUGCACUGAGCUGCACAAGCAUCUGACUUCAGCUCCGUGCUGUCCCCAGGCCAAGGCUAAAUCCCCGGAUAGGGACAGGCAGAAGAGGCAGCAGCCCCCUCCACCGCCGCCACCGCCCCCGCCGCUGAGCCCCAAGGAAGAGAGCGAUGCCAGUGAGGACUGUCCGAGCCCCAGCCCCCAGUUCGGGUGUGAGCAGGAGAUGCGUGCUGUGGUGGAGUUGAUCCGCUACAUGCACACCUACUGCCUCCCACCUCGGAAGCUGCCCUCCCACGACAGCCCUUUCAAGAGAGCCAAGUCGGACUGUCCCCUGCAGCGGGCGGCCUGCGGCGGCCAGGAGAGUCAGCCGGCCUGCCCGGCUCAGGAGGCCCGGGGCGGGCAGCGGCCUAAGCCCACCUGGUCGGAGUUCUCCAUCCUGAGGGAGCUUCUGGCCAAGGACCUCUUCUGCGAUGUCAGCAAGCCCUACCGACUAGCCAAGCCCAUCUACGCCUCCCUGGCUUCCGGCCCCCGGCCCCUCCAGACCGCCGGCCAGGACGGCGAGGGGCCCGCCGGGGACGGGGCCUGUGGGGGGAGAGCUCGGGCCUCGGCGGUGGAGGAGGAAGAGGAAGACAAUGAGGAGGAGGAGGAAGGGGAGGAGGAGGAGGAAGAGGAGGACAGAGAGGAGGAGGAGGAAGCUGUGACAAGGAAGCCCACAAAGGGUGCCCCGCUGCCGGUGGGACCCAAGCUGGGGAGAAAGCGGGAGCGCUCCAUCUUUGCCGUCCGGCGUUCCAAGAGGCUGAACCCCGAGCUGAGCCAGUGGCUGUCCUUCCAGGACGAGGGCCCCUCCGAACUGUCCUCCCCAGGCCGGGAGGAGCCCCCCGCGGCACCGGGCCUGGUCCCCUCCAGCUACGACGCGGAGGUGGAGGUGGACGGCGGGGAGGAGGCGAACGGCGGGAGCCUCCGGCUCCACCUCGGAGGACUCCGGAUUCCGGCUCUGGAGAGCCCCAGUGAGAGCGGGGGCGGGGAGACCGACGAGGACCUGAUCUGCAGUCGGUUUCACCCCAGGGAAAACCCCAGAUGUCUCACGCUGGCCCUGUCCCAAAAUGACCCUUCUUUCGGGAAGAAGAGCUUCGAGCAGGUGUUGACUGUGGAGCUGUGUGGCACAGCAGGUCUCACGCCCCCGACCACACCACCGUACAAGCCCACGGAGGAGGACCCGUUCAAGCCGGAUAUCAACCACAGGCCCAUCAAGGAAGAGGGUCCCACCGUCCCUCCCCCGGGGGAGCCAGCCAGAGGGAAGCCCGGCGCCGCAGCCGCCCCCGCGAAGCCCCCGAAGAAGCACCCAGAACGUUGCGAGCUCCUGGCCCACCUGACCCGAGCCCCCCUGCACCCGUCCCAGGUGGGCCAGAAGAGGCCCUUCUCCCGCUCCUUCGGGGACCACGACUACUGCCAGGUCGUCAGACCCGAGGGCUCCUUUCAGCGGAAGGUGCUGCGGUCCUGGGAGCCGUCCCCGGAGGCCCCCCGGGCUCGGGGCGGCCGCGGCGCGACGGAGGGCAGCAAGCAGCUGAGAGACCACGAGAUCCGAGCCAGCUUGACCAAACACUUUGGCUUCUUGGAUAGAGCCCUAGAGGACGAGGACCUGGCCUGCUGCAAGAGCCCAGAGUACGACACGGCCUUCGAGGACAGCAGCAGCGACAGCGGCUUCCUCCUGGAGGAAGGGGAGGACGACGACGACGACGACGAGGAGGACGACGACGAGGAAGAGGAGGAGGACGAGGACCAAGACAUGUACGCGAGCCCCCCUCAGUCUCAGCACUGCCCGCGCCGGAGCCCCGCGAGCAGAGCCGCUCUGCAUCACUGCCCCCGCAGCCGAUCCAGUUCCGGAUCUCCGUGCUGCAGGUCAAGGUCUCCCACAAACCGGAGGGCUUUCAGGUGUGAGAACCAAGAACCGUGUCCAGACAGAAACGGAAGCCAAAGGCAGGCCGAGAAGAGGAGAGAAAAGGCCAUCGGAGAAGGCCGGGUGGUGUUUGUUAGGAACCUGUCCAGCAGCAUGAGCUCAAGUGAGUUGAAGAGGCGCUUCGAAGUGUUUGGGGAGAUCGUGGAGUGUCAAGUGCUGACCAGAAAUAACAGCAGGGAGAAGUGGGGCUUCAUCACCUACCGCUGUCCAGAACACGCCGCCCUGUCCCUGAAGAACGGCGCCUCGCUGAGGAAGCGGAAUGAGCCCUCCUUCCAGUUGAGCUACGGUGGGCUCAGGCACUUCUUUUGGACCAGAUGCACUGAGUUGGAUUCCAAUGCAGAAGAGCCCUCCCCAGCAUCUGUAAAAAACAAGUAUGAGGCCAUGGAUUUCGACAGCUUACUAAAGGAGGCCCAACGCAGCCUGCAUCGAUAACAGCCUUAACCUUCGAGGAAUACCUCAAUACCUCAGUCAAGGCCCUUCCAAUAUGUUUACGUUUUCAAAGAAAUUAUCGAGUAUAUGAAAAGAAAACAAAAGAGACUGCUGUCCCUUUAAAUCAAUGUUUACAUUGAACAAAGCUGCUUCUGUCUGUGAGUUCCCAUGGUGUUAAUAUUCCACUGCCACACUUUAGUACCCUUGCUUCUGAUUGGUUGUUUGGGGGCGUACACUGUAAGCAUUGUCACCCUAUUCUUGCUCCUCCCGGGUCCCUCCUUCACGACACCCCUUCCCUCCCUUCCCUUCCCCUCCCGUGCCGUCCCUCCCGUCACCGCCCUCCGAUCCCCACUUCCGUCGUGGAGCUGCAGCCGUGUUCACCAUCCCAUUUUUUUUUUUUUGUCCGUAGCGUGUGAUGAUGAAAUUGUCAAUUGUGAAUAGAAUCGGGAUUAUAAACUAAUUUUUCAUAGAAGAAAAAAGUAUAUACUUAAAGAUAAUGUAUUUAUGGCUCAGAUGUACUGUACUUCAGAUUUAUUGUACUGCUUCCUUGAUUUUUAACUAUGCACUGUAAUGAGGUGUUUGCCACUGCGCAGAUAGCAUCCGCCUAGUAGGGUGUCCUCAGAUCAUCAGGAAGCUGCUUUUAUCCCUUUAGUGCUCGGUGAUGGAGCAUUUCAGGCCUCCUCGGGGAGCAGGUGGGCCCUCUUGCCAAAGCCAUGCUCCCUGCCGAUCUGCCAGGGUCGCCCCGUGUCCGCCGUAGGAAUCGACCACCGGGCCGGCCCACGCCAACCUCCCCUAAUGACCCCUACUUGGGGGUGGUUUCCCCCCAGGAAUCCCCCCCAUGGCUGAGGAGAAGGCCAGAGGAGAGUGAAAUUGAGGAAGGCCUCCCGAGGCCUUGCCGACGACAGGGUGUCGGCGCUUCCUGCGGUGACGGUUGGGUGUUUUAACGGUCGGUUGCUCUGUAAAGAAUUUGUUUGGGACAAGAGAGGCCGCCCCAGGCAGCGGUGACCCCCAGACGGUUGGCCGUCGGGGCCCUCCCCGGAUUCUCAGUUGGGAGCUACCGUCGUCUGGCUGUUCCCGGCUCCUCGUGUGCCCUACUGCCCGUAGUCGGGGAGGCGAGGAGAGAUGUCCGAAAAUGGGAUUGGGCACAGGGAAGGCCGCCUCCCUGCCGCAAAUCGGACACUGGGGCUCCUGAAGCGUCCAAAGGUGGGAUGCUGCCCUCGGCCAACUCUGUCCCCUUUCCUCUAGUUUUUGCUCCCGGAAUAAAAACAACACAGCCUGGAUCUGUAGCUCUUCUCCGAGCCUCACGGUGUCGAGGGUGCUAGUAGCUCUUCUUUCUAUUUCUGUUCAUCAGAGGGCCCCCUCUUCAUUUCUUCUUCAACUUCCCCCUCAUUCUUUCUGAAAUCUCGGGUCUCUCAGAAACAGCGGCAAAUCCCAAAUGGCCACAGCAGUGCCGUUGGCUCGAGCCCCUCAGGAAAGCCUUGUCGCUAAUUCCGCUGAUCCGAAGGAAGGGGCGCCUUGUAUAGGGACAGCUUAGACUUAGGUUUAAGCGAAAGGAAAAAGCGGGAGGCUCUUGAGGGAUUUCAACCCCUCAACUAUCCCAACCUCCAAGGGAGCUAAACUCACAGAUAUCAGCUCCAACCCUUUCUGGCAUAGAGAGAUGAUUUUGGGAGUGUUUUUGGUGGCUUAGAGGGUGCAGGGGGCUAAUUGGCUCAGAGUGUGAAGCCAAACCCCUGUGAUUAUGCAGCCACAUGGAGCCUCCGGCCCCACGGGAAAAAGCGAUGGAGUUUGUUUGGUUCCUAGGUCACAGGGGCAACCCGGGACCUUAGUUAGCAGCAGUAUCCCUUUCAGCCAUAGGAAGAUGCCAAGGCACGGAAGGUACACUGCUCCAGUGUUUACGCGGUAGGGGUGAAGAGGUGCCAGAGCCGGAGGGAAAAUUAUCAGACCCGUCAAAGAAGUCUGAUGACCAACAUUUAGCUUGCUUAAUUAUCAGACCCUGGGCUGUGGCACUCUGACGUUCCCCGGGCGGGUAUCGGAGCACGUUCUUUGCUAAGCGAUCGGGCGCCUGCUCCGCAGUUACCGUUUUACCCGGGAUCGUUCUUGGGUGGAGGUUUCUGUUAACACCGGUCUUACAGAUGAGGCUCCCCUUCUGCCCUCCAAUGUCAUGGGGGGCAGCUGGGAUCUCAGACAGCCCCACAACCUGACGUUUCCAAGAGCUGCCCCCUCCCUCAGACCACUGGUUGGCAAAGCCUAGAGGUCUGCUGGGUGCCACGCACCUAUCCCCUCUGAGGUUUGCACAUUUAGGCCCCCUCAUCUCGUACACUUCUGCCUCCGGUUGCGUUCACAGUUAGCCGUAGGCGCUUCCAGGUCCUCCCCAUUGGGAAUGGUCCCCCUCCUCUCCCUGAGCCCCAGGACGACAGUGUGGGUGGGAGUCAUUCUCUGGGAUCCCGGGUCUCACCCAGACAGACGGUUGGGCCUCGGCUUCCCAACACUGGUGGAGAACCUCCAGGUUUCAUCCGCCGAUGGCUUCCCUCAGUCACAAGGCCACAGCGGGGUCUGGAACAGUUGGAUAUUUUAGCACCGAUAUACCCGGCCUCUCUAAUUCCCAUGUAAUACAGCCGAGAAAAGCAGGAAGAUCGGAAGCCUUUGCCAGACAGGAAGUUUGGCAGCCUAGUCUCCCGAAUGCUUAGUUCAGUGCCCUGCAAACAGUAAGCACUCAAUAGAUACGAUGGAUUGAUUGAUCGAUGGCCCGGAACAGAGCGUCACCGGGACGUUGUGUUGGCAGGUGGAUCGGAGGCAGGGAAAGAGCCAAGGAAAGAUUCCUGUCAAGUAGGAAUUGUACCGACUCGUUGCUAACCGCCCUAGUCGCCACUGCAAUCUUGUUUUUACCUAGAGAUUCAGCCACUCAGAAGCAAUAGUCUAGAGUAGCCUUAAGCCUGCUAUGGAGGCUCACCUGGUCAUGGUUGAGGCAGUGUAUCUGCUGGACACCAGGUGAUUAUCCCUAGGGCAUCCCUUUAAUUCCAUUCUGUGUCCUCUCUCCUGGUUCUGGAAGCAGAAUCCCCAAAGCAAGUAGUCCUCGGGGACGGGAUACAGGGAGGUGUUCGAAUCUGAAUCCUGAGUCUGUUCACCUGCCAUGGUGAAAAGCCAUACCGGAAUUUCAGUGGGAGGGAGGUGGGAGGAAGCCCAGCUGAUACCCAAAGGAAGACAAAAGGAAUCUUUUGCUCCAUGGCUACCACCUGUUGGGUUUGACCUAGAUUGACUGGGGAAGGUUCAACCUGAGCCUGGAGCUCUGCCCUGGAUCAUCGCAGGUGCCUCUGGUGUCUCAUCGCCACACGCCAAAUAGCCCCAUUGGGGGCCCGGUGUAUCCGGCCCUGUCCACAACUUUCAGAGAAAGAGGAGGGCAUCCUGACAUCUGCUUGGGCCUCCAUUCCCCGAUCCUGGCAAUGUUCGCUGCCCAUACCGUACCUGGUACCUAGUAAGUGCUUAACAAAUACCAUAAUUAGUAUUAUUAUUAGAGAAGUGCCUGGAUCCUGGGAAGGUAGAUCAAUUCCAAAGCAUUUGGAAACCCACUAGAGGGGCAGGUUUGGAAAACCCCGUCCCGGGUGGCACCUGGAGUCUAAAGAAGAGAAUACUAUAGCAGUACCUGGAGACCCGGAGAAUCGUUUCUCCCCGUACCCAGCCUUGGCGGGUGGAAAUGCUGGAAGCAUUAUGAUUGUUUUAGCGCCGUUCAGAGCAGAGGAGCUCAAAUCCCAGUUUUAAGGUGACUUUAUUUCUCCCAUUUAACCCGUUGGGCUCUAGAUCCGGAAUGCAUGCGCCCUUCCCCGCCCUCCGCCAACCAUCUUAUGGAGUGUAUUUCCAUUUUUUUACUGCUUGACUGUGUAGGGCACGUGAGCUCGUAGCAUGGUAGCUACCGCUUAGUAUCCGUUCACUUUGUGGUGAUGGACGAUUUAUCAAGUUAUAAGGGUGGGGCCCUCGGGCCUUUCCGUCGACCAGCCAUAGAAUCAUUGGUCUCCAAAUGGUGUCCUCCCAAAUAACUCCUCAGUCUGUACGAGAAUAUUGUCACGUGUUUUAACCAAGCUGUGCGAAUUGAGUUACAACACAAUGACCAUAUCUAGAUCCUCCAGUUGGAAAGCCAUGAUCUCUGCUACAGGCUUCCUUGUCCUGUAAACCAAGAUGCCCUGAGAGUAACUGCUAACCCCGUGUGAGAAACUGACAUUGGCAAUCACCUCAUCGUAGCUUUGCCUUUUUCGGUCCUAGUGUUUCCUCACGACAAUGAUGUUUACAUGUGAUUGCUAUAAAGCUAUACCGUAGAAUGUGUAUAUAGCGACACAAUUAGGGUGGGUUGUACUGUCUGUGCUGUGCUGAUGUUUUCAGAAAAACGAUCAAAUUGCUAAGUGGAAUUCUUCCAUCUCCUUCCUCAAUACCAGGCUGAAUCAAAGCUCUCGCUUGGGCUUUGGUUGCAGAAGGAAAAUGCAUCAAAACGCUUAAGGAUGUGAGUGGGUUGAAUGCAGCUCAGGAUCCUGGUCCCUAGAAGAUCUCCUUUGGUCUGAAUUGCUCAUUCACUUCAGAAACACCGGUCCUCUAUACGGGCUUUUUCCAUCUCACCCUGCUUUUUGGAGGCUGGACUUUUCGCUGUGGCCCAAGGUUAUCAGCGGACCGACCGUCCUUCACGCCAGGGGAAAGGACGUCCCGUAAUCCCGAGAGCCAAUCAGUACUGGAAUCCUAGGAUAGGAAGAGAUGCAAUAAGUGGUCUUUAUAUUGCCCGACGCCUAUAAAAUAUUAGGGGGAGAGAUUUCUCCGAGACUUAUGCAAUACGCACGGGGUGUCCGAGACGCGGUCACGCCAGGUUUUCCCGAGGGAGGGGCGUUGUGGCCGGCGGGUUGCAGAGGGGGUGGCUCGGUGGCCAAAACUCUGGGACUGCUGAAUUUUUACGGGAAGGUCGGUGGUUUGGAAUGUAAUUUGCAUUCAGCCGUGGCCGGUACUCGAGGCUCGACUCGCUGGCUUUCGAGAACGGGAUAUUAUUAAAACUGUGAAGCGCAUUCGCCCAUAUUUACUUCCAUCGUAUCUUUCGUGUGGGACGGAGAAGCUCCUCGCUCUAUUUUUGUAAGAUAGCUUUGAGAUUCAGUCCUUGGCUCGAAGGACUCCGUUACCGGGUGACCCCGGAGAAGGGACGGGAGGUGGAUUCGGAAAAAAAUAUUUGAACGGUUCCCUUGGCCAAAGAGCUGUCUGUCUCUGUCCCUGUUGUGAAAAAGAUAGAUUUGAUAAGGUUGGUGCGAUAGUCCGGGCUCUUGGCGGUGGUGCCCCAGACUCACGUGCAGUCUGUUAAACGGAAUUACGUUUUAGCCCUGGGGAGAUUAUUAAGGGUUGGUCUAAAAGACAGUAAGAGAAUUGCAAAUCGUGCCGGCGUCAGCCAAAUAUUUUACAGUUUGGACUCAGGAUCCCCACCCCUUGAUUUAGUCCUUUCAGUCGAGGAUUAACGUUCGUGGGAAAACAGUUGGGGCCAGAUGAGCUCUUUUUCCUCACGCUAAAGUAAGUAAGAAGGCUCUCACAGGGGCACACUACCCAGGAGUGGUGGGGGGCAACUGCCCACGCAAACUGUACUUCUGGAAGGCCCCGCUCAACCCAGGGCUCUCACAAGACUGGAGAGUUGGUGUUGGUAAGACUGAAAAUGGCAGCUUCCUGGCGUGUUUGCCCUCUGGAGCCUGUCCCCUCCGAAGUCCCACCCCGACUAAAAUCAGGGCUCGAAAUGGAACAUUUGGCCCUUAUAUCGCACCUCCAGCCUGCGUUUGUCAUUUACAAAAGCGAAAACUCCCUCCAACCCCUGUUGGAGUGAUUCUGGCGGGAGGAGAUCAGAAAGGGGACUCGUGUUUAUUGAGCGCUUACUGCAUGCAAAGCACUGCACUAAGCACUCGGGAGAGUAUAAUGGAGUUCGUAAGCACGUUCCCUGCCCACCAUGAGUGUACAGUCUACAGAAAGAGGAUUCAGGGUGAGGAAGCAGGAGUUGGAAUGUUUUAUUUUGAGGUGAUCUUUUAGAAAAGAAAUCCAAGUGCGGCACUUUAUACGACCCCAUAUGGAACUCUAGAAUCGGAUAGCAGGGAAUUUUGUGAAAUAAUCUAAUCCCGAUGCCUCAUAGUGCCAAUAGCGUGGAUGCGUUGAAAAGGCGGUUGGCACGUACUCAGCUCGCUUUGAAACAAACUAGUUCCUCCUACUUUGUUGAUUGACCUUUCAAGCCAUAGUGAGAGGGUAAAAACUUGAACCCAUUUUUCUUGAAUCCGUUCACCUUCAUUUCCCGGGAGGAGGCCCAAGUGAGUUAGCUGAAGCCGGACAGGAGGAACCCGACUGAAAAAAUCACCUUGGCAAUUUUACAGAUGUGCCGAGAAGACCUCAUCGGGGAAGAUCCUGGACACGGCCUACGGCAUAUUUUGGAAACUUGGAAUUCACUUCUGUGAAGGAGGUGGAAACCCAUGAUUGUUUACCAAUCUGAAUAUUAUGUGCACCUGCCCUUGUGUUUGACACACCUCUCCUGAAGAGGACUAGAGGUGUUCUCUGGGGAGAUUUUUCAGUUUUUUAACCACUUGCCUGAAAGAUGGAACUUCAUGUUUUUUGUAGGAGUAGGUCUGAGCUUGACUUACUUUCCUCCUAGCACUCUUAGAGGAAGCCUUGAAGGGAAUUGAAAUUAAGGGAAGGGUUUGACAGUUCCCGGACCCAAAGCCUUUCCCAUGUUAAGCCCCGCACCUCACGGUUGCUUAAUAAAGAUGCCGCCGAUCUGCUGCGAUGCGGGAGGAAUAAAGCUUUUAUAGUGAACUAGAUUUCAAAUGCUUUGCCUAUCAGGAAUUAAGUCAUAAAAACCCCAUGCUCGCCAGCCUGGGCUGCUCGAGUAUUUGUUUUGUUCGAAAAGGAGUCUGUCCUUGGGAAUCUGAGGAUGUUUUAGGUGGGCUGGGGAGCUGGUUUGCUGUGGAGUUUAUUCCAAGAAGGGAUAUAUCCAUCCAAAACGCCAGCUGAGACACCCCAAACCCACUUCUGCCUGGGUGGAGCACCACUGGCAGUGAACACUCGCUCAAGGAUGCAACUCUUCUUUACAGACCCUGCUCUCCUUAGCACCUUUGUUUCUUCAUUGCUCUGAAAUCCGAAUGAAGCGUCCUCUGUAGACGGGCCUUGAUCCUCGGUUCUGGCCGCGGUAGCCCGACCUUGACAAUCUUGAGCAAUACGGAGCCGAGGUUAGCCGUCCGGUUUCCGAGUGUUACUUGCUGUUCACCAAAAUCCUGGAAUCUGGCCCUGGCUAAGGAAGAACAGCUUUUACUUCCUCAAGUGGUACUGUAAGGGGCAUUAUUUAUUAGGGAGCUAAACAAGGUAAAUACAGCAUGGGGGGUGUGUGUAUGUGUGCGUGUGUGAGAGUGUGCGUACGUGUGAGCACGUGAAAAAUUCAAUUGAUGCAUUUCUUGAGAAAGGUGCAAGAAUUUCACCUAUAAAAGGGACACAUCCGCUUUGUUAUUUAUACGAAAAAAAAAGCUCAAUUUAAAUUUUCUAAGGACACCACUAAUAAUCGAGAAUCGACUUUUUAGUUUUGCUUUUUUUUUUAAUUGGUAGAGGGUUUUUUUUAUAUUUUACUUAAUUUUUUCCAUAUGUUCCGUUGUGUCCUUAUUUAUAUGCUACACUUUAACCUUGAACGGCACAGGUGGUUUAUGCCGGUUUCUUUCUGUUAUUAUUUUUAUUUUAUUUCUGGUGUGAUUUACCUGUCUACCUUCGAUACGAGAAGAUGUUUUCUUGUAUUUUUACAUUGUCAGAUUCUAUAGUUUCGUAGAUAAUUUAACCAAAUCGCUCUGUGUAUUAUCCCGUGAGCAUAAAGUUCUAUUUUAACUUCUGUAAAUACUUCGGAACUGGCUUCUCUUUUCAGACUCCCGCCUGGAGUUACUUGUUUACAUCACAAAGACUGUAGAAUCUCUACGCUCAUGUACUGUAAAUAGUGAAGUGAUCUGCCUAAAAAUAAACUAUA